UUUUUGAUAUGUUUUUCUAGUUUUCCAUUAAAUUUUUGCCCAAUUUUUUUGGAAAUGAGUCGGAAAACUGGAAGCUUAGAAUUGCUGGAUAUGGACCCGAAUCAUUUCGGUAAAGAAAACUACCGUUCAGAGACUAAAAGCUUGAAUUUGGGAAAAGGACCGGAAUCGGCUAAUAAUUGGGGCAAAACAUCACCAAGCAAAAGCUACUGUUCAUCAAGUUCCACUUCUACAGAAAAUGUCGCUUCCACUUUGGAAAGAAAAAAGGCUCAAGCUGCUACUGAACAAAACACACUCAAUCGCCAAGACGAUCUGACUCUGUUACCAGGAGAAAAAGUAACAGGUCAAGCUAGAGACGUAACCUACUUGUGCCCCUAUCAAGGACCUGCCAGAGGCGUACUAACAGUCACCAACUACAAGCUAUAUUUCAGAUCGGCGGACAAAGAUUUGUCCAAUGUUAUCGAAGUCCCAUUGGGCGUUGUUUCUCGUAUUGAGAAAGUAGGCGGUGCCUCUUCGAGAGGUGAAAAUGCUUAUGGGAUUGAAAUUUUCUGCAAAGACAUGCGCAAUUUACGUUUUGCACACAAACAGGAAAACCAUUCUAGACGCACCGUAUUUGAAAAAUUGCAAACGUAUGCUUUUCCUUUGAGCUUCAAACAACAACUUUUUGCUUUUGAAUAUCAAGAGAUUUUUAGUGAAAAUGGAUGGGCUGUUUAUGAACCUAUAGCCGAGUUAAAACGAAUGGGAGUUAACAAUGAUAUGUGGAAAAUAACUAAAAUAAAUGAACAUUAUACAAUAUGUGACAGCUAUCCUGCAGUUUGGGCUAUUCCAGCUCAAGCCACCGACGAGGAUAUACAAGUUGUUUGCACUUUCAGAAGCAGAGGAAGAUUGCCUGUUUUAAGUUGGAUACAUCCUGAAUCACAGGCAACUAUCACAAGAUGUGCUCAACCUUUGGUGGGGGUCAGUGGCAAAAGAUGCAGAGAAGAUGAACAUUACAUUCAAUUGAUUAUGGAUGCAAACGCACAAAGCCAUAAAAUGAUUAUCAUGGAUGCCAGGCCUACAGCAAAUGCCAUUGCAAAUAAGGCCAAAGGGGGAGGCUAUGAAUCAGAAGAUGCUUACCAACAUGCAGAACUGGUAUUCCUGGACAUCCAUAAUAUUCAUGUUAUGAGAGAAUCUUUGAGGAAACUUAAAGAACUAUGUUAUCCAAACAUAGACGAAACCAAAUGGCUUAGUGGAGUUGAAUCCACUUAUUGGCUAAAACAUAUUAAAUGCAUCUUAGCUGGAGCUGUCAGGAUAGUAGAUAAAGUGGAAAAUCAUAAAACUUCGGUUUUAGUUCAUUGUUCAGACGGUUGGGAUAGAACUGCUCAACUCACAGCCCUUUCAAUGCUAAUGCUUGACCCUUAUUAUCGUACAAUUAAAGGAUUCGAAGUGUUGGUUGAAAAGGAGUGGCUAUCUUUUGGACACAAAUUUCAACAGAGGGUAGGUCAUGGUGAUGAGCAUCAUAGUGACGCAGAUCGUUCACCGGUAUUUUUACAAUUUGUGGAUUGUGUUUGGCAAAUAACGCAACAAUUUCCAAAUGCUUUUGAAUUCAAUGAACAUUUUUUGAUUACCAUUUUGGACCAUCUUUAUUCUUGCAGAUUUGGAACUUUUUUGUUCAAUAGUGAGAGAGAGAGAUCACAAGAAAAAAUUAAAGAAAACUCUGUUGCUUUAUGGUCUUACACCAAUAGCAAUUUGGAUUUGUAUAGGAAUCCACUAUAUUGGGCCAAUAGUAAACAAGAAAGGGUUCUGGUUCCCAUUGCCAGUAUUCGUCAUAUAAAACUAUGGAAAGCAUAUUAUUGUAGGUGGAAUCCUAGCAUGAGAACACAGGAUCCUGUCUACCAACGAAUUCGUGAACUUUUGAAACUAAAAGAACAACUAGAAAACACCGCACAAGAUUAUAAAAAGGAACAACAACAGCGCAUGACUAGAAGCAACGCCAGCCCCACAUGAUACGCGAUAAUCUCCGAAGAAAAUCACGCUUAAUUUAAAAGACUAAAUGUUACAGUAUUUCUGUCUGGACUUGAGAAAUCACUUGCUUUGUUUGUGCAAAUACUUAUAGGCUUUAAACGUACUACUUAUUUAAGGUAUAUAAAAAAAAUGUAUAUUUUGCUCUUUGUAUUCAUUUUGUAUCAUACUUAGGUUUAUUUUGUACAGUACCAACUGGAACAUUUAUGGAAUUCUGUUCACAAAUAAAAUAUUAUGUAUGAAAGGAUGUUUUUUUAUUCCAUUUUGUGUUUAAAUUAAGUAUUACAUGGGAUUAAUUUAAAUUUGAUUUUAUGAUAAGCAUUAGCUGUUACUCCUUUGAAAUUGUAAAUAUAUUCGAAACCCUCUGGCUGUGUGUUAGAGCUAGUAUCAAUAGCUUUACACCAAAUCUCGACCUAGAUAUUGUAAUAAAUAAAAAUUUAAAAUACUUAGUCAAUUCUUACAUCGUGUUGGUUUUUGUCAAUUGGUAAUUUACAAGACCAAAGUGUCCAAGACCAAUUGUGAGGAUAGUCGCUCUUAUUGUCCUGAAAAUCCAGUUGUGCCGGUUGCCAAGUUUUGCCCUGAUCCGUAGAUAUGUCCACUCUUAUGAUUUUGUUUCCUCC